AUCCUCGAGCUCUUUCUCCUCUUCCAGAUCGCGAAUUCGCUCUCGCUCUCGCUCUCGCACCAUCUCCGUUCGCUCCCUCACGGUCCGCCUUCGACAGUGUCCCCUCUCUCUAGCUCUCUCGCGAGCUAUCUAAACCCUAGGGAGCCGAGUUUCUGCGAGGUGUUUGAGCUUGAUUGGAGUCGAAAAUGUCGGGGAAAGGCGCAAAAGGUUUGAUAAUGGGGAAGUCCGCCUCCAACAACAAGGACAAGGACAAGAAGAAGCCUGUCUCUCGCUCCUCUCGCGCUGGCCUCCAGUUCCCAGUAGGCAGGGUCCACCGUCAGCUGAAAUCGAGGGUUGCUGCAAAUGGAAGAGUUGGAGCGACAGCUGCUGUUUAUACUGCUGCUAUCCUUGAAUAUUUGACUGCAGAGGUGCUGGAGUUGGCAGGCAACGCGAGCAAAGAUCUGAAAGUCAAGCGUAUCACGCCAAGGCAUCUGCAGCUGGCGAUCCGGGGAGAUGAAGAGCUCGACACCCUCAUCAAGGGAACCAUAGCCGGUGGAGGGGUCAUCCCUCACAUCCACAAGUCGCUCAUUAACAAAUCUUCAAAGGAGUAGGAUUGCUCUCGUCUUUGCUUCGUCUGGUUCCGUGUAAUUUUUCAGUUAGAGGAAGAUGAGGAUAUUGUUGGUCUGCUUUUAUUUCUUUCAGGUGACAAAUCAGUAGUACUUAUCUAGUUAAUGUGCUAGCUUAGGUGGUGUUUAACAAAAGUUGCAUUGCUUUCGGC